AAAUCCACUGGGCAUCUGAGAAACGGACGCUUCUCCGGCUUGGCUGUGAUGCCAUGGCUUCGAACUGCGAUCCACGAGAUCAGCAUGGGAAAUGGGAGCAUUUGCCGCCUGCCGCGAUUCCCGUCAUCUCCCGCUCCAACGUCGAGUCCGAGGGCAUCUUGGAGCGGCGAGAGCGGCUGAACGCCGAAGCUGCCCGACGAGAGGUGCUGAGAGAGCGCCGCAGGGCUCAGCAGGUCCAAGAUGUGCUGGCCGACCGGCUCCAUCAGCGGCCCUUGGCGCAAGUUUCCGCUUCUUCGCAACCAGUGCCGGCAUGGAUGCAGAAGGAUGCGGCCAGCAGCGGAUCGGACGCCAGGCCUGGCUGGGCCCGGCCAAAGCAGUCGAUCCGCAUGCCGCGGUCCCUGGAAGUGCUGCCUCCCAGCAGCAUCCCGCAGUGGCCAGCUGGAAGCCCAUCGUCGAGCAACGCCUUCAACGACAUGAAGUCCAGCGAGACGGCUGAUGGCCAGGCUGAGGCCGCGAAGGGCUAUGCCGAGUCAUCACCAGCGCCCGCAAGAUCCAGGUCGUCGCCUUUCUCCACGUGGCAGGUGUCGUCUUCAUCGCGGGCACCAGCCAAGGAUGGCUUGGAGGCAGCCUGGCAGCCAAACACUUCCAGAGAGGAGGUCCGACAAUUGAUGGCAGGCGAACUGGAACUGGAAAGCAUGCCCGCAGAGCUGAGAGCAGAUCGAGAUGUGGUGGCAGCUGCGUUACAUGUAGAUGGCCAUGCUUUGCGUCAUGCCAGCGAGGAUUUGAGAGCAGACCGCGACACAGUGCUGACUGCAGUGCGGGAGAAUGGCCUUGCCCUGAGCCACGCGCACGAGGAUCUUCGGGGAGAUUUGGACGUUGUGCUCGCAGCAGUGCGCCAGAAUGGCUUGGCUUUGCAGACGCAUGCGGCCGUGCCGCUGCGCACCAAAAUUCCGGUGGCCUUGGCAGCCCUCGAGGCGGAGCCGGCGGCGGCGCGCUUCGUGCCGCGGCAGCUGCUGGAUGACCGGAACUUCGUGAUCUCAGCAGCACCUUUGACCCGGCGGAUCUUCGAGAAGGCGUCCUUUAGGCUGAAGCGCGACUUGGACGUGGUGCUGGAGGUGGUCGAGCACGACGCGGACAGCUUCAUGUAUGCGGCCUGGGAGCUGCGCUGCGACCGGAGCGCCGUGAAGGCCGUGGUGAGCACCGCGGGCUGCGCCAUCGCGCACGCCUCCCCGGAGCUGCGCCAGGACCCAGAGAUUCUGGCAGUCGCCAUGGCAAAUGACCCUAUGGCCAAAGCAGCGGCACAGAUUGGCUGAGCCGACAAAGGGUUGACGCAGACCGUGGCGCAAAGCUGCCGUUCACUGUGUGCAAAUUGGUUUGCUUCUGGGAUCUCCUGCUGUGUGUGAUUGAGCAGCUUCAGGCGAGCCAGCUGCG